AUGAUUGGAAGAUCAUUGGAAAUUAGGGUUGGCGGGAACUACCGAUUGGGACGAAAAAUCGGUAGUGGCUCAUUUGGUGACAUUUUUAUUGGCACACAUAUAACCACAGGAGAGGAUGUGGCCAUAAAGCUAGAGUCUCACCGGUCUCGCCAUCCCCAAUUAUUAUACGAGUCCAAGCUAUAUAAGCUCUUAGCAGGUGGUGUGGGAAUACCAACCAUCCACUGGUAUGGAAUUGAGGGGGAGUACAAUAUCUUAAUAAUGGACUUACUUGGGCCUUCAUUGGAAGACUUAUUUACAAUUUGCAACAGAAAGUUGAGUUUGAAGAGUGUGUUGAUGCUAGCGGACCAGAUGCUAAAUCGCAUCGAAUAUUGUCAUUCCAAAAAUUUCAUCCAUCGAGAUAUUAAACCAGACAACUUUCUCAUUGGGAGGGGAAAGAAAAUGUCAAUUGUGUAUAUAAUAGAUUUUGGUCUUGCCAAGAAGUAUAGGGACUCUAAAACAGCUCAGCAUAUUUGUUAUCGUGAAGGUAAAAAUCUCACAGGCACAGCGCGCUAUGCCAGCAUAAAUACACACUUGGGCAUUGAACAAUCCAGAAGAGAUGACAUGGAAGCUUUAGGCUAUGUUUUACUUUACUUCAUGAGGGGGAGUUUGCCAUGGCAGGGUCUCAAGGCUAACAGUAAGAAGGAUAAGUAUGACAAGAUUAGCGAGAAAAAAAUCGCAAUCCCCGUCGAUCUUCUUUGCAAACAGCUGCCCUUUGAGUUUGUCACUUUUAUCAACUAUGCUAGAUCACUACGCUUUGAAGAUAGACCUGAUUAUAGUUAUUUGAGGAGGAUACUUAAAGAUUUAUUCUUCAGGCAAGGGUACCAGUAUGAUUUCAUAUUUGAUUGGACAUUUUUGCAUACAGCUCAAUUGAUGCGUUCUAUGAUGACUGAAGAUAUUGAGAGGUUUGAGAGGAUUGAUAGAAUGGCCAAGGAUCGAGAGAGGGACAAGGAAGAACAAGCUCGACCUGGCCAGGUCUUAAAUAAUAAGCCUAGGUAA